AUGGAAAUGAGUAUGAUCCGUGAUAAUAGUUUAAAAGUCAAAAAAUCAGCCGGAUACAGUACAUUAAAUUUGAUUAAAAAGUGGCUAAAACAGAUCAAUGAUAUUAUAGAUAAGAAGUCAGAAUCCACACCCUACACCACACCAAGCGAAGAUAUGAUAACACCUGUAUUAACUGAUUCUACCCAAUUUCUAUUCAAUUUCGAAUCAUAUAUAUAUUUUAAAUUCUUUAAAACAUUUUUUACUUACUUAUUUGAUUAA